AUGGGGGAAGACCUGAGAGAAAAGGCAGCUGCCACCACUAAGCUCACUGCACCACGGGCCACGAGCCACCUGCUCCUCACCCCCAGCCCCCAAGCUUUUCAGGGGCCCAGGAGACAAGGCCAGGGACUCCGGGAUGCUGGGGCCGUGCGGCGCAGAGCCAAUGCUGCGGAGCCUGGCAGCCUCUGCAGAGGAUGGGCGCUGCCCCCUCCCGUGACCUCCAGCCUGUGUCCCCCUCCGAACUCCAUCACCGAGAGAACACGGGCGUCCAUGGGGGCCUGCUGGGGACACCGCCCUUACCACAGCUCCGCAGAGAUCCGUGAGGCCUUCAAAGUGUUUGACCGAGAUGGCAACGGCUUCAUCUCCAAGCAGGAGCUGGGCACAGCCAUGCGCUCGCUGGGCUACAUGCCCAAUGAGGUGGAGCUGGAGGUGAUCAUCCAGAGGCUGGACAUGGACGGUGACGGCCAGGUGGACUUUGAGGAGUUUGUGACCCUCCUGGGACCCAAGCUGUCUACGUCAGGGAUCCCAGAGAAGUUCCAUGGCACCGACUUCGACACAGUCUUCUGGAAGUGCGACAUGCAGAAGCUGACGGUGGACGAGCUGAAGCGGCUGCUCUACGACACUUUCUGCGAGCACCUGUCCAUGAAGGACAUCGAGAACAUCAUCAUGACGGAGGAGGAGAGCCACCUGGGCACCGCCGAGGAAUGCCCCGUGGAUGUGGAGACCUGCUCCAACCAGCAGAUCCGCCAGACAUGCGUGCGCAAGAGCCUCAUCUGCGCCUUCGCCAUCGCCUUCAUCAUCAGCGUCAUGCUCAUCGCAGCCAACCAGGUGCUGCGCAGUGGCAUGAAGUAGGCGCCGCCUGGCGCAUGCAG